AUGGUUGGAGCAGAGGCACCGGCGACCCCAGGCCGUGACCUGACGGUUUGCAGAGGCUCUCCUGUCCCCGGACCCGCAGGCCGGCAGCGCCGGUUUGGGCCGGGCGGUCUCUGUCCCCUGCCUCCAGUGGUGCCCGGGCCACAGGGCUGGGAAAGCACCCCUGGCCCGCACAGCGGCGACGGUUCCGAGACUGGCCGAGGCGCCGCGCUCCUUGGGCUGCUCUGGCCGAGGUACCCGGGAGGAAAGCAGAGCCGAACCCCCAGGACUGGGCUUCCCGGGGUGGACGGCGUGGGAUAUUUACUUCUUGAAACAAGCCCUCUCUCAGCUCCUUUGCCUGCUGCCGUGGCCUUGGGGGCACCCACCCCUGGUGGUCAGCCAAGGGCUUCCCCCACCCAUACAGUCCUUCACAACCACAGCCUAGGGCUUCAGUGCAUAGACUGGAGGCACAUUAGCACCCUGGAUGUGGACCGCGUGGCACGGGAGGUGGACGUGGCCAUCCUGCAGGAGCUCCUCAAUGGUGUCACCUUCUGCAACUUGGACCGGGAGGUGUGCAGCCACUAUGGGCAGCCUGUGGACCCUGCACUGCUCAAGAUUCUGCGCUUGACACAGUUCAUCAUCGAGUACCUGCUGCACUGCCAGGACUGCCUGAGUGCCAGUGUGGUCCAGCUGGAGGCACGGUUGCAGGCCAGCCUGGAGCAGCAGGAAUGUGGCCAGCAGGAGCUGGCCCGCCAGGCUGAUGAGCUCAAGGGCGUGCGGCAGGAGAGCCACCGGCGUCGCAAGUUGAUCGGCACCUUGCAGCAACUGCUUCUGCACACAGGCGCCUACAGCUACCACCCGGUGAGGAAUCUCUGCAGGGCUUAUAUCCUAUGGUCGGAGAAGAUGCUUGAUAGGAUUUCAAUCUUCUUAAAUUUAUUUUGAAUUGUUCUGUGGCCUGCAUGUAA